UAUCUACACUCUUUAUUGUUCCUAAUUGCACGCGAAAAAAUCGGCCCCAGAUGGAGCGUUAGCAGUAAAACAAUUUGGAGAGAGGAUCGCCAUCGAUUUUGAUCCAAGAAUUUUUUUUUAGAGUUUUAUUUUGAUCCAAGAAUUUCCGUACUUGAUUGCCAAUUUUUCACUCGAUCUUUUUCUCCCUCCCCUGUUCCUUGCACAUUGAGAAGGGAGAGGGCGGAAUGGGGUUCAUAUCGGGAUUCGUAAUGGGGAUGAUCGUCGGCGUCGCCCUGAUCGCCGGCUGGGCGCGCGCCAUGUCUCGCCGCGCCGCCAAGCGCAGCAACAAGGCUGCAGAUAUCAAUUCACUGGGAUCUCUCAACCGUGAAGACGUGAAGAAAAUAUGUGGAGAAAAUGUCCCCCAGUGGAUAUCAUUCCCAGAAUAUGAACAGGUCAAAUGGCUCAACAAACAAUUGAGCAAGCUUUGGCCCUUUGUUGAAGAGGCAGCAACCAUGGUCAUCAGGGAUUCUGUGGAACCAGUACUCGAUGAAUAUCGACCACCAGGCAUAUCCUCACUGAAGUUCAGCAGACUCUCCCUUGGAACUGUUCCACCGAAAAUAGAAGGUAUUCGGAUUCAGAGUUUUAAGAAAGGGCAGAUUACAAUGGACAUGGACUUCCGGUGGGGUGGGGAUCCAAAUAUCAUUCUUGCAGUCGAAACACUUGUUGCUUCACUUCCCAUUCAGUUUAAGAACCUUCAGGUGUACACCAUCAUCCGUGUGGUCUUCCAAUUGUCGGACGAGAUACCAUGCAUCUCUGCUGUUGUUGUUGCUCUUCUGGCAGAGCCAAAACCGAGAAUCGACUACGUAUUGAAAGCCGUGGGAGGAAGCCUGACCGCAAUGCCUGGGCUUUCAGACAUGAUUGACGAUACAGUGGCGUCAUUGAUCACUGACAUGCUCCAAUGGCCACAUAGAAUUGUUGUUCCACUGGGUGGAGUCGACGUGGACGUCAGCGAUCUUGAGCUGAAGCCACACGGGAAGCUCACGGUCACCGUGGUGCGCGCGGAAUCCCUCAAGAACAAGGAGCUCAUCGGCAAAUCCGACCCCUACGUGGUCCUGUUCAUACGCCCAAUGUUCAGGGAGAAGACCAGUGUUAUCGACGACAACCUCAAUCCUCAGUGGAACGAGACGUUCGAGCUGAUCUCCGAAGACAAGGAGACGCAGGCUCUGAUUCUUGAGGUGUUCGACGAGGACAAGAUGAAGCAGGACAAGAGGCUGGGCAUCGCCAAGCUGCCCCUGAACGACCUGGGGAUGGAGACCGUGCAGGAGGUGAACCUGCAGCUGCUGUCGUCGCUGGACACGACCAAGGUCAAGGACAAGAAAGACAGAGGCGUGCUCACCAUCAAGGUGGUGUACCACCAGUUCACCAAGGCGGAGGCGCAGGAGGCCCUGGAGCUGGAGAAGCGGACCGUGGAGGAGCGGCGGAAGGUGAGGAGCGAGACGGCGGCCGUCAGCGGCGCCGCGGACGCGGCCAGCGGCACGGCGUCAACGGUCACCAACGUGGCCGGCACGGGCGUGGCGACGGCCGGCACCCCGGCCGGCUCGGGCACCAGUGCCGGCGGCUCGGGCGUCGGGAUGGUGGGCACGGGCAUCGGCGCCGUGGGCUCCGGAAUUGGCGCGUUCGGGAGCGGACUCAGCAAGGCCGGCAAGUUCGUCGGCCGGACCGUCACAGGACCUUUCAGCAGCGCCAGGCGCAGUGCCAGCAGCGUCCCCAACAUCGACGAUUAAGGAAGCUGGCCUCAUCUUGACUGCUCUAGUUUUGCCGUCAGAUUUCUUUUAGGCUUUGCUUUGAUGUUAUGUGACAACAGCAGUCGGACGAAUUUAUCAUGUUUAUAAAGUGUAGUACU